AUGGGAGCAAAUUGUUCAAAUUGCAAUUAAUGUUAAAAAGAUAAAAUGGAAUUAAAUAACGAAGUAGAGGUGACUAAAAAGUCAGAUAGUCAUAAAGCAUCAUCCUUUUCGCAACAAUCAUCGAACAGUUUAAUCGAUGGUAAUGAUUUAAAGUAGACAAAGUGUACUCCUAAAGAAUAAAAGAACACGAAGUUUUCGGUAUUUUCAGACGAUCAAGAGAAAGAAAAAAAUCAACAGAAUAAGCUAAACGACAAGGCGAUUGUGAUAUAAAAAAAUUGGAAAGCUCAUAAAGCCAGAGAAAGUUACAAGGAAGUCAAGAAAUCAUUAUCAGAGUCCUAAAAGGGGAACGACAAGCAGCAAUAAUAAUAAUAAUAAAAUGAUUAAGCUACAGUAGCCAGUAAGGAUAAAAAGAAAUACUUUAAUUCAUUAGAAUUCGGAAACAUCAAUAAUGCGAAUAAUAUUUAAUCUAGGGAGAAGCGACCUCUAUUUGUAUUUAAGAGUGGUGCAACUUAUGAAGGAGAAUGGGUAGGUAAUAAAAGGGAUGGCAAAGGCGUAUAGAUAUGGCCUGAUGGAGCAAGAUAUGAUGGAGAGUGGGUAGAUAAUAAAGCAUGUGGAAAGGGCAGUUUCUAUCACGUGGAUGGGGAUUCCUAUAUUGGAGAAUGGGCAGAUGAUAGAGCUAAUGGUUAUGGAGUGUAUAGACAAAAUAAUGGAGCUGUAUAUGAAGGAUAUUGGCGUAAUGAUUAAUAACAUGGGAAGGGAGAGGAGAAAUGGUCUGAUUUGUCUAGUUAUAAAGGAGAUUACUUUGAGGGCAAGAAAUAAGGGAAGGGAAAGUAUAUGUGGCCAGAUGGGAGUUAUUUUGAAGGAGAUUGGUUUGAGAAUAAGAUAAAUGGAUAUGGAGAAUAUUAUUGGUCAGAUGGGAGAAUUUACAAAGGUUCAUGGCAGAAUAAUAAAAUGCAUGGAGAAGGUGUAUAUUAAUGGGCUGAUGGGAGAAUAUAUCAUGGUUCUUAUGUGGAUGACAAAAAGCAAGGAGUUGGGAAAUAUAAGUGGCCAGAUGGGAGACAGUAUGUUGGAGAAUGGCAUGAUGGGAAACAACAUGGAAAAGGAAAGUACAUAUUACCAGAUGGGAAGACCAAAUUUGGAGUAUGGGAUUAGGGAAGGAGAUUAAGGUGGACUGAAGAAUGA